AUGUUCAUACGACCAAUCCGUCGUUUCAUCAUCACCUUCGUCUUCGGCAUUUCCAUAGCCAUUCUGGGCAUGCUAUACCACCGGCCCGUCACCAACGCAAUAAACAUCAUCACUCAACAGGCACUCCGAUUUUCGUCCCUCUCAAUGGCGUCGCGUAAGCAGGUAAUCGUCGUCGGCUCCGGUCUAGCCGGCCUAUCGGCGGCGCAGGAGGCGCUCAAUGCCGGGGCAUCGGUGCAGAUGCUCGACCGUGCGCCGAAGCCCGGUGGUAACAGCAUCAAGGCGUCCUCCGGUAUCAACGGCGCCGGUACCCGGUUCCAGAAGGCCGCUGGCGUGGAGAAGGACGACCUCUUCUACGACGACACAGUAAAGUCCGCAGGCACGCGGUUCAGGGAGGCCAAGGGAGGAGUUGAUCGCCCAAAGCUGGUGGAGUUGUUGACCAAGAGCUCGGAGGGCGCCGUGAACUGGCUCGUCGACGAGAUCGGGGUCGAUCUGAGCGUUGUUGCGCCCCUGGGCGGACACUCCGUUGCUAGAACCCAUCGUGGGGCGGGUAAGACGCCACCAGGCGCUGCUAUCGUGACGACAUUGCUGGAGAAGCUCGGGGAGAACCCCGACUUUCAAAUCAAGAACUCUGCCGAGGUGACAUUGUUGAAUGUUGCCGACGGCGCAGUGAAGGGUGUUCGCUACGUCCACGAGGGCGAGCAGCACGACGUGGAGGGCGCCGUUGUCUUCGCCGCAGGUGGCUUUGCAGGGGAUGCCAAUGGCCUGCUAGCCAAGUACCGCCCCGACCUGGCGGGUCUUCCGUCAACGAACGAAGCUCGCCCUGCUUCGCACGGUAUCCUAGAGGCAGUCGGCGCGGAGUUCGUCGACAUGGACAGCGUCCAGAUUCACCCCACCGGCUUCGUCGACCCCAAGGACCCUGAGGUGCGAUACAAAUUCCUCGCAGCUGAAGUCCUGCGAGGCGAGGGCGGCAUUUUGCUCUCCGACAAGGGCGAGAGGUUUGUCAACGAGAUGGAAACGAGAGAACACGUCAGCAAAGCAAUCAUGCAGCUGCCGCCCACAGAGAACGGCGAGAUAAGGCAGUGGAAUGUCACAUUGCUCAUGGACCCUGGCGCUUGUGACGCUGCAGAGGGGCAUUUGGGUUUCUAUCUUUGGAAGGGGCUCAUGGAGAAGAAGAAGGUAAAGGACCUCAGCCCGGAGAUUAUCAAGUCGAUAGACGAUUACUCUGCUCUGGUGGCUUCUGGAACCGACUCUGCUUUUGGUCGUCGGACAUUCGGCCGCUGGAGAUUGCAGGCAGGAGACAGCAACCGUGAGGAGGAGGUCUGCGUGGGCCGCGUGACACCGAUUACUCACUUCACCAUGGGCGGAGCGUCAUUCAACGAAAAUGCUCAGGUUCUUAGGGAAGAUAAGAGUGUGAUUAAGGGCCUUUGGGCAGCGGGUGAGAUCACGGGUGGAAUCCAUGGAGAUAACCGACUCGGAGGCUCCUCGCUGCUGGAAUGUGUUGUUUACGGAAGGAUAGCGGGCCAGCAAGCGGCCGCCGCGGCGUUGAGCGAGUAA